AUGCUUCCUCCUCGCAGUGCAGUGAGUCGAAUACCAGCGCUCGCCAGAUCAUGGAGGCCUCACAACAUCAGUCCUCGCAGUGUAUCGCAUCACCAGCUCCAGCUCCGGCCCUUCAACACUAAACCUCCGCUUCUACUUCUCUCCCCGCCUCUAGGUCGACCUCAGCUACCCUUCCUCGCGCCCCAGACCCAUAAUCGCCCUCUUCCCCCGUUAUCGGUACAUCUAAGACAGCACUUUGGUCGACUGAUUUCCACCGAGCGCCGAGAUUACUACAAGCGACGCCUCUCGCGCGGGUUCCGCAUCGGCGUCACCUUCUACGCCAUCCUUGUGUUGUUCCAAGUCAUCAAGUUGGGCGUGUACCAAGAGCAGCUGGAGCACUCGUGGCCGACGCCGCAGGAAUGGACAUGGAAAAGCCGCUGGUGUCUACGAUCCGCGCAUGCGCAGCAGCACCCGGAACAGAUCGGCAAGCUGCUCACCAGCUGGCCUAUGGUCGCCGGAUAUCUGCGUGAACUCAUCGGACGAUUGGAGGACAUAGAAGGUGAAGGAAAGGGGAUCGUUGAGCAAGAGGAUGGAGGGUUCCUGAUCGAGGGAGUUGGCAAGACCGGAUUCGAUAUUACGGCUAAGAGCGAGCCCUGGAGACGUGGCUACUUCGAUGCGUUGAUCGGUUCGGCGCGAGCAGCAGAGAACCUGGAAGGGUGGAUGACGGAUCGGAAACAACGGAUUUCUGCACCCGCAGAGUACGUGGUUGGGCCUUCGAACCCUCGGCCGAAGCCCAUGCCGGCGGGGGAGAAGAAGGUGCCGAGAGAGGAGGACAGCGAGCCGGCCUCGCCGAGCCCAGAGGUGUUUUACGUGAAGAUCCUCACCACAAAGGGGUUUACCACGAGGCAGAAGCUGGAUGCCGCGCUUGCAUAUGCCGACUGGUUGGACUACAAGGGUCUGCAACAGACCGCCCGCGACAUGUAUACCUGGGCGAUGGACAUUGCGGUCUCGGGCCUCCCUCCUUCAUCGAAUGCCAAUAACGAGGUCGUCGAUACGCGGACCGGCAUCCUGCACACGGCUGACAAGACUUUGCCCUCUGAAAACAUCAUCCGCGUGUCCACCGCUCUCGCUGUGCACAAAGCCCGCCAUGGAGACCUCACCAGCGCUCUCUCGAUCUUCACUUCUGUCCUGAAAACCCGCCGGUCCCUACCACAGCCUGCCCCCGGUACUGUACUACCGCUGCCGCCGUCACCGCCCCCUAACAAGAUUAACAAUACUAUAUUUGCCGCCUUCUUCGAAUCGAUCCGGAUCAUGUUCGUCCCCUCGGAGUUCCCCGCACCCCCCGCGUCGGGCAACGACCCUCCACAGCGCACCAAAGACACCAUCUGCGAAGAAGCAGGCUUGAUGACGUACAUUGGGGAAAUCCUCUUCGCGUCCUCGUCCAGAGAAGCUGGACUCGCCUGGACGCGUGACGCAGUCGACAUGGCUGAAUCGGCUCUCUGGGAGCUCAGCCGGGCCGGUGCAGACAGCGACACGCGCCAAAAGUGCGCGCAGUGUCUCAAGACAGGCCUCGAGAACUGGAAGACAAUGGUGCAGAAGCUGGUUGCGCGCGCGGAAAAGGACGAGGAGGAGGGUGUCCUCAAGGCGAAAACCGCGUGGUGGGGCGGCGCGAAGCAGCUGCAGGCUAAAACACUGGAGCGGAAGAGGUGGCAGGCCGAGGAGAUGAUUCUCGACGACCGCAUCCGCUCCCUCUGGCCUGUUGUUGUGGGAGAGUCGGCGCUCGAUGGCCUCGCGCCGGGCAGCUCCUUGUUCCUUUAGAUGCGUUUUGCGCGUUUUGUGUAUAAUUUGGGUAAAAAGGGGCAUGAGAUGGAGUCUUUGGGUUCUCUACCGUAUCUAACUACUCUUCUGUAAUAUACUUUCUCUUGUUGGGCAAUUAAAUUACUACUGUGCUAGUUUCAAGUAGAGGCAUGUUAUAAGGAAGUCAUGUCAGGGGAAUAAUAAGCAAUAAUAUAUCAGUAAUAGAGAACAAUAUAUAUUGUCUACAAG